CCACCGCCACUCUCUCUGUCUCUGAGAGAAAUAUUGGAGGCGCCUCUUCUUCUCUCUUCUCCUCUCCUUUUCCUCUCUUCUUCUCGGCGAUGAAGGACGCCGGGAAUCUCCCAAAGUCGUCGAGCUUUGGCUCCGGACUGAAGGGCCUUUUCGCAGUGGUCGGGACCCGGCGGACGAAGCUCUUCGCCUACGGCUUCGCCUUCGCCUUCGUCGCCUGCACUGCUUUCCUCGCCUUCAAUCCCUCCAGCAAUGGCUCCCCCUUGUUCAACAACUUCUUCACCUCUUCCUCCUUCUCCUCGUCCACGGCCCCCUAUAGAUCCCAGAUUUCCUCCCUCUUUUCAUAUAUUUUCCCCAAUUCCUCUUCGCCCUCUCCUGGAAAGUCGCCUCCUUUGCUUGGUUAUGCUGCCAAGGAAGGAUCGGCGGGGGUGAAUCGGACCGGAAAUAGCGUUGAGUUUCAUAAAGACGAGAUUUUGGGAAGUAAAAAUCACACGGAACCCGGAAUUGGGCUGCAGAAAAGUGGAGUUUCCGACAAAAACGGGGUUUCUGCCAAGAAGCCUGUGGGGGGUGGAGUUGAGACGAAGAAAGGUGGAGACUUGGCGGCGAAGAACCAUACGGGAAGCGGAGUAAGUGGAGUUUCUGGGAAGAACCAGACGGGAAAUGGGAUUCCUGAAAAGAAUCAGGCGAAAGUGGAAGCCGGCUCCAAGAAAGAUGGAGUGUUGCCGGAGAAAAACCGGACAGCAAGUGGAGUUCUUUCAGAGAAUCACACUGGAAAAGGAGUUGCUUCGAAUGGAAAUGGAGUUUCGGGAAAUAAUCAGAAGGAAUCAGUAGCUAGUCCUCAGGAAAAAGGAGUUUUGAAAAAGAAGCAAUCAUCCCAUGGAGUUUCCGCAAGUCCGAAGAGCAGCGAAGCUUCGACGAAGGCCGAGCAAAGAGCUUCAAACCUGACAGCUUCACUCGGAAAGCAAAAUGAUUCGAUUGCAUCGACCCCGAGCAGUGGCGGUCAGAAGGGAGACGACUGGAUCAAUGCUUUGAAGGGCUGUGAUAUAUUCCAAGGGAAUUGGGUGAAGGAUGAUUCAUACCCGCUUUAUCCUGAGGGAUCUUGCCCUCACGUUGCUGAACCUUUCAAUUGCUAUCUCAAUGGAAGGCCGGAUCGAGCUUACCAGAAACUCCGGUGGAAGCCCGAUGGUUGCGACAUCCCGAGAUUGAAUGCAACUGAUAUGUUAGAGAGAUUGAGGGGAAAGAGGCUAGUUUUUGUCGGUGAUUCGCUCAAUAGAAACAUGUGGGAAUCUCUGGUUUGUGCUCUAAGGCACUCUGUCAAGGAUAAAAAGAAGGUUUUCGAGGCGUCUGGUAGGCAUGAAUUCAGGGCUGAGGGUUCCUACUCUUUUAUAUUCAAGGACUAUAACUGCUCUGUGGAGUUCUUUCGCUCCCCAUUUCUUGUUCAGGAGUGGGAGAUUCCGGUAAGCAAUGGGAAGACAAAAGAAACGCUUCGGCUCGACACAAUUGAGAGAUCAUCUCCCAAGUAUAAGAAUGCACAUGUCAUCGUCUUCAAUACUGGGCACUGGUGGACGCAUGAGAAGACCUCCAAAGGGAAAGACUACUACCAAGAAGGUGACCAUGUCUAUAGUGAACUCAAUGUUGUGGAAGCAUUUCAUAAGGCUCUUAAUACAUGGGCAAAAUGGGUGGACGCAUAUGUGAACCCUAAGAAAACACUUGUUUUCUUCAGAGGCUACUCUGCCUCCCAUUUCAGUGGUGGUCAAUGGAAUUCUGGCGGCCAAUGUGACAACGAGACAGAACCCAUUAAGAACAAGAACUAUCUCUCUGCCUAUCCACCAAAGAUGCGCGUCUUAGAAAAGGUUAUCAAGGGAAUGAAGACCCCUGUCUCUUACUUGAAUGUCACAAGAAUGACCGAUUACAGGAAAGAUGCUCACCCUUCCAUAUAUCGUAAGCAAAAUCUCACCGAGGAGGAGAGGAGGUCCCCUGAGAGGUACCAGGACUGCAGCCACUGGUGCCUCCCAGGAGUGCCUGAUUCUUGGAAUGAGCUACUAUACGCACAGCUGUUGAUUAAACAACUUCAACUAUUACAGUGAAUCGACAAUAAAGAGAUGGAUAUUAAAUCGGUGGAUGCUUGUAUAUUAAUUCUAUAUCGCAGAAAUAAAUAACUAAGGAGCGGAUCAAAGUUAUUCUGUCUUCGUAAAGAGAAAUAAAGUGAGUUUUGGUGAAGAAGCAAGGUUUAGAUGUAAGUUCUUGAUGUACCACAAAGAGGAAAGUCAGCUGUUUUGGUGACCUCCCUCACCUACACACAAUUCUUUUGAGCCUUUUUAGGCUAGUAGAUUGUAAAGUUCAUGUAAUGUGUUAAUUUAAAAUAAAGAAUGCCAUAUCUGUGAUUAUGAAGCAUUUUGUGCC